AUGUCAGGAGUCAGCAGUGACCAGCUGCACAAAUCGACUUUAGGUGUCUACUCGAACCUGAUAGAGCACUUCAACCCAGGUCUUCAGAAACUCGCUGCACUUGGAAACAGCUACGUUAAGGCUUUCCAAGCCUUGGCUGUCUGCAGUGAGGCAUACUUCAGCGCGGUGGCUAAGAUGGGUGAACAGGCCCUUCACACCUUUUCAUCUCGUUCUCUUGGUGAUGUCUUGAUCCAGAUUUCAGAAACACAGAGAAGACUCACUGCAGAGAUGGAGGGGGUGUGGUUCCAAAUUGAAGUGUUGCAAACAAUGGAGAAGAAUGGGAGUCGUAGAGUGUAUGAGCUGGAGGUGAGGAACCAGGCAGAAGCCCUGGAGAAACAGCUCAGACGUGGAACCUACAGGGACUCUUUGGAAAACAGUGAAUACAUGCUGUACCUGAGGCAGAGCCAGCAGGAGAUCCUGAAGGAGGAGGAGAGAAGGUAUCGCUUCUUGGCAGAGAAGCACUGUGGCCUGACUCAGUCACUGCUGUUCCUGAUAAAUAAGACUGGUACAUCCCUCCAGCAAAAGGCGGAUAGUUGGAAAGACAAAGUGAGCGAGACCCGAGAGACCAGAUCUCGAACUCCUACCCAUUUAGACCAAGAUGCACAGCUUCGAGGUUCUGUGAGCUCCCUGCUGCAGACAGUUGCUAGAGAUGAAGACAUGUCCUGGGCCAGGCGGGAGCAGCAGGCGCUGGGCAGACACCGUCUCCCCUGCCCAGCCGAUCUCGUGGGGGAAUCACUUGGUCUGGGGGCAGGAAGAGCCAUGAGAGCCCUUGUAUCUCACCCCUCUUCGUCCAACCCGAAGCUCUUACCUUUCAACCGGGGAGAAACUGUCACCGUCCUGGUCCAAGAGCCUCGCAACGGCUGGCUUUAUGGGCGCACUGACAGCAGCCUGCGUCAGGGAUGGUUCCCCGCUGCAUAUGUGGCUCCUAUUGAAGAUUUGUCAAACACUUUAGCAGCCAGUGGUGGCUCCCUGAGAAGCCACAGCAUGAACAAUCUGCCAGACACAGACACCUACACUGACCAAACAGAAGGCAAGAGUUUUGGCAAUAUCCCGCCCCCCGCCACACCUAACCGAAGGGCCUCUGUAGACUUCCGACCAAUCUCUCCAGUCCCUGAGAAGAAGGCAGACCCAGUAAUAGAGACAAAGCCUCCCCCUCCUCCUCCCCCACCACCACCUCCACCACCCAAUCAGAACCUCAGAAGAGGCUCAGCAGAUUUUCGACCAAUCUCUCCCCUUACUGAUAGGAAGAGUGAUUCAGCAUCUGAUGGCCAGGCAUUAUCUCCACAUGGGCCCCCUCAAAACCUGCUGUUUCCACGAGGCACGAACCCGUUUGCCACUGUCAAGCUUCGGCCCACAACGACCGAUGACAGAUCUGCUCCUCACAUCCACUGA